UGGGCAGGGCCAUUCGUUUUCCAGCGGCCAGCAGGGUGGCUGCGCCACCGGCUCCAGCUUUCCUCCCCCUUUCCCUCUAAGGAUGACCCAGAAGGAGAACGCCUACCCCUGGCCCUACGGUCGGCAGACGGCUCAAUCUGGCCUGAACACCCUGCCCCAGAGAGUCCUCCGGAAGGAGCCUGCCACCCCAUCUGCACUUGUCCUCAUGAGCCGCUCCAAUGCUCAGCCCACAGUUGCCCUUGGCCAGAAGGUGAUGGAGAACAGCAGUGUGACACCCAACUUGUUAAUGCGGUCCUUCACAAUUGAUGACUUUGAGAUUGGGCGUCCUCUGGGCAAAGGCAAGUUUGGAAACGUGUACUUGGCUCGGGAGAAGAAGAGCCAUUUCAUCGUGGCGCUCAAGGUCCUCUUCAAGUCUCAGAUAGAGAAGGAGGGCGUGGAGCACCAGCUGCGCAGGGAGAUCGAAAUCCAGGCCCAUCUGCAGCAUCCCAACAUCUUGCGUCUCUACAACUAUUUCUAUGACCGGCGAAGGAUCUACUUGAUUCUGGAGUAUGCCCCCCGGGGGGAGCUCUACAAGGAGCUGCAGAAGAGCCGCACUUUUGAUGAGCAGCGGACAGCCACGAUCAUGGAGGAGCUGGCAGAUGCCCUGAUGUACUGCCACGGGAAGAAGGUGAUUCACAGAGACAUAAAGCCAGAGAAUCUGCUCUUGGGGCUCCAGGGAGAGCUGAAGAUUGCCGACUUUGGCUGGUCGGUGCACGCGCCCUCCCUGAGGAGGAAGACGAUGUGUGGCACCCUGGACUACCUGCCCCCUGAGAUGAUUGAGGGCCGCACGCACAAUGAGAAGGUGGAUCUGUGGUGCAUCGGAGUACUCUGCUAUGAGCUGCUGGUGGGAAACCCGCCCUUUGAGAGUGCUUCACACAACGAGACGUAUCGGCGCAUCGUCAAGGUAGACCUGAAGAUCCCCCAUUCUGUGCCCGCGGGAGCCCAGGACCUCAUCUCCAAGCUGCUCAGGCAUAACCCCUCAGAACGGCUGCCCCUGGCCCAGGUCUCAGCCCACCCUUGGGUCCGGGCCCAUUCUCGGAGGGUGCUGCCUCCCUCUGCCCUUCAGUCUGUCCCCUGAAUUGUCCCGGUUGUGUCUGUGUUUGUGUGUCUGUAUAUGUGUAGUUGGAAGGAGGGGUCUCUGGCCUGUUCCCUUAUCUGUCUUCUACCUCCUUUUUAUUUAAUAAAAGCUGAAGCCUUUUAUACUGAUGAGUGUAGACGUUUACAGGUGGAGACUUUGCUGUGGCGGCGGAUGUCUCCCAUGGGGAGGAGGCUAGGGAGUUGCCCAUGCUGGGUGCCGGGAUGAAUGUUGCGUCACUGCCCCAGGAGUGCCCACCUUCAGCUUGGAUGCCCACCCCGUCAGCUCCCAGCCGCCUGCUCCCCCGCGUCUUGUCUUUCCCCUGCUCUGACUUCCAGGGUCUGGGGGAGCUGGGACCGUGCUCCACUCUGCUCCGCCUGAACACCAGGGCGUCUAGCCCACCUUCUCUUACUUCCCGCUCAAUUGUCUGACCUCUAGUCUUUCUCCUGGUUCAGUCCUGUCAACCCAGGAGCAACUGAACAUUGCUGUACCCUAAAAGUUGUCCUUUUUUCGCUUGUUUGACAGCUCUGGUCAGGAUCUAAUACAAGAGUAAAUAGGAGCAGUACUGAUGGUGUCUUGUUCCUGACCUAAGGUUUCAGUGCUAAGUAGGAUGCUUGCUAUAGGUUUACCCCCAUUUUACAGAUAAGGAAACUGAGACACAACGGGGUUACAUAAUCUGCCAUGAGUCACACCGCUAAUAAAUGAGGGAGCCCAAUUUUAAACUCAAAGUCCAUAGUCUUUAAUACCAUGCUAGAGUGGUAUAAUGAUGCCUUUCCACAGCACACACAUUUAUUUUAUAUAUCACAGAAUUGGAACAGGAACUACAGUUUUUACUGUUACUAUGUAUAGUCUUUAAAAAAAGUCCUUUAUCAGGUUAAAGAAAGCCUGUUCUCUUCCCAGUUGGCAAAGGGCCGGUUUUUUCAUACCAUGAAUAGGUGCUGACCUUCAUCAGAUGCUUUUCUGUAUCUGUCAUUUGCUCUUCUGAUCAAUGUGGUGAAGUACAUCAAUAAAUUUUCUUAUUUUUA